AUAUUAAGCCAACAACAAUAUCUUGUGCAGAUAAAAAAAAACAGUCUCAAACCAUGACAUGUUUAUUCGAAAACAGCAGUAAACAGAAUAAAAAACAAGACUUAAACAUCCCAAUUCUCCAAGCGGUAGACCGAUUCUGUGAACCAGACUUGCCUUGGCAAAAAACCAAGGCUGGUGAAAAAGCCAUUAUGGAAUGCCCAGUUGGAAGGGUAGGCUACAGGAUCCGCCCCUGUAAUGUAGCUGGUGAAUGGCAGUCUGUACUGGACUACUGUGUGAAUGAGGUGAUAAACAAGUUGAGUUCUGCUGUAGAGAACUUCCAAACUGGACUGGAUGCCACUCCUGAGAUUGCCAUGGAAAUAUUUUCUGGUUUGAAGAACAACAGUGCUUCUGGUACCAGUAUGAGUCUUGGGGAUAUCACGGCCACCAUAAACAUCCUGGAUGGGAUGAAAAAUGCAUCUUCUGCAGUCACACUACAUGAUGAUUCAAUGAUGAAUGACUUUAUAGAUUCUGCUAGCAAUAUUCUGUCCACAGAAUGGACUGAUGACAACACCAUCACACAGGACCUUUCUACAAACUACCUGCAAGCUGUUGAGGGCCUGGUGACAAAUAUGAAAGUAAACCAAAGUGAUGGGCACAAUUCCUCAAACGUACAGUUCCAAGUUUGUCGAAAUAAUGAUGGCUGUAACAGAACAAUCUUUGGUGUGGAAAUGGCAUUGACAACUACAGCACAGGCGAAAGUGGUGGCGCUAAAGAACCUGUCCAAUAAACUCCCAAAUCAUUUCAGCAAGACAGAGAGUGCUAGCAUUGUGGUCUCAGCCACUCUUGAAAACACCUCUGAUCACAUGACAAACAUCACCCUAAUAUUUCCUUUCAACAAGACCACAGCCCAUCCAGGCUACAAAAUUAAAUGUGUUUUCUGGCACACCAAUCGGAGUGAGUGGUCAGACAAGGGUUGUGUGUGGACAGAGGCCGAGGAAAACAUUGUCUGUGAGUGCAGCCACUUGACCUCGUUCUCAUCUCUCAUAUCCAAAGAGGAAGUUGACCAUCCCUUUCUGGAUAUGAUCACUUACAUUGGACUUGGGAUUUCCAUCUGUUCGCUCCUUGUCUUUCUGUUCAUUGAAUGGCUAGUUUGGAGUGCCAUCGUCAAGUCCAACCUCUCCCUUUACCGUCACACAUCCUUGGCCAACAUUGCCGUGUCUCUGCUACUUGCCAACUGCUGUUUCCUAGCCUCAGCAUUUCCAGAAAAACUUGGAAAGCUAACAUGCUUUGUCUUGGUGUUAGCAAAGCACUUCUUCUUCACGGCCAUGUUCUUUUGGAUGCUCUGCUUGAGCUUAAUGCUUCUCCAUCAACUCAUCUUCGUUUUCAGUCCACUCAGGAAAAGAGUCUUUAUGAUCUUGUCCUUCACCGUCGGCUAUGGCAGCCCCACAGUGGUGGUCGGUGUCUCAUAUGUGUACUACGACAUGCUAGGGAAGGAGCCGGGGAACAGUUACCAUAACCCAGAGACUUGCUGGCUGAGGUACGAGGGGCUAAUGAAAGGCUCACUUCAUGCUUUCCUGUUCCCGGUGGGAGUAAUCACUCUGAUGAACCUGAUCUCCAUGGUGGUGGUGAUCAUUACCCUCAUGAGGCCAAAGGUUUCGGAGGGCAAGACAGACGACAAGGAGACUCUGAGAAGUAUCAUCAAAGCAAUCGUUUUUCUGACCCCUGUCUUUGGUGGAACAUGGCUUCUUGCAGUUGUUUCAUUCACAAUAAAUGAGAAAACCACUCUUAAAGUAAUGCUUGACUAUGCUUUCACCAUUGUCAACUCUCUUCAGGGCUUCUUAAUUUUAGUAACAGGAUGUCUUGGUGAAAAAAGGGUUCGAGAGGAGGUUCUGAGAUACAUUCUGGGCUCGAGAUCAACAAAAAGUGAGAGCAGGCAAAACCUGACAACGUCCAUUAAGAAGUAAUACCUAAAGUCUCUUCCCCACAGCUUGUGGAACGCUAGCAUUAGAUGACCGGGUAUGAAGACCUACUGCAGGACUAGGGCGUGACCAGCAUUUUCAGCACAGCUAAAUGGAAAGAAGCCAUUCAGCGGCAGGGUUCACAGGGUCACGCAAGGACAUCAUGGAAAUAGUAAAGAUGCCUCAUUUGACAGAAUAUUCAUUACAAAACUUUUACUAUGGAAAGUAUAAUCUCCCUUUCAGCCUCCGGGAUCAAUUCUGCAUUAGCUGAGUGUUUCUUGGUGUCCAUGCUAGCCUAACCUUUGAUUUUCUGUCAUGUAAUGUAGGUUAGAUUGUACAAAAAAAAAUCUAAAUCUUGUAAUAAAUCUGCUAAUGUUUGAGCUUGCAUUUGUCUUUGAAUAGAAUAGUAGCUUUGUUUAUUUGUUGUGAACAUUCUUCAGCGACAAUAUUUUAAUUAAGAGAGUAGGCCUACCUCCUCUUCUAGCACUUACCACAUGACCAUCCCCCUUCUAGAACUGUCACUUAACUCUGUAUGAGUAGUACUUAUUGUUGCACUAACAUGUACUUGUGCCACUGUUAGAAAUCAAGGGUCUUUGACUGCACCUUCUGAACACCUUUACUGUUUCCCUUUUUUGUAAGUUGCUUUGGAUAUAAGCUAAAUGACUAAAUGUAAUGAACUAUCAUAUUAUAUGCCAUCAGAAGCCUAUGUUUUAUGUUCAC